UAACACUAAAAAACAUAUAUGUGUUGGUACCCGGAAAAGAUUUGGAGGAUGGGCUGUUUUUAGUUCAAGAUGAUGACACAAUUAGGAAGGUUUUGAAUAGGAUUAGGAAUUUUUGUUGGACAAGUAGAAUGGUCUUUCUGUUCAAAAUCAAUACCAGUAGCCUAGUAGGUACUCCAUAACAACAAACAACUAGGGAGUACUACCGUGUCUACUGUCUAGUAUCAUACUCGUAUCAGAAAUAUCUACAAACCGGAAUACAAAUUGAUAUAUCAUGGAUUCUUCAUAAUAAGCGGUGGGCGGUACGGAUUACUUGAAAAAAUCAGUGUAGCUAAUAAUGUCGAUAUUAUGAGGAUGAUACGGAGUAUGAUAUAAUCAAUCAUCAGAGCUAUUUGAGGUUGAUUGAAAGUUGAAACCCACCUCCACUCGGUUUACUGCGACUCUUCUCUCUUUUCAUUUGUUCCAUCGCAAAUCGCAGGUAAAUCUCUAAGCAUACAACAAAAUGGCAGACGUCACUGAUGAUAUAGCAGAGGAGAUUUCAUUUCAGAGCUUUGAGGAUGACUGCCGGCUGCUUCAGAGCCUUCUCAACGAUGUGCUCCACCGGGAAGUGGGUCCCGAGUUCAUGGAGAAAGUUGAAAGGACUCGAUGCCUCGCUCAAAGCGCAUGUAACAUGAGAGCAGCUGGGAUAGAAGACACAGCAGAGCUUCUUGAGAAACAGUUAGCAACAGAGUUGUCAAAUAUGACAUUCGAGGAAGCACUCUCACUUGCCCGCACAUUUAGUCACUAUCUCAACUUGAUGGGAAUUGCAGAAACUCAUCACAGAGUAAGGAGGGCCCGAGGGGUGACACAGCUAUCAAAAUCUUGUGAUGACACAUUCAACCGUCUUCUGCAGAGUGGUGUUUCUCCAGAUGAACUUUAUGACUCUGUCUGCAAGCAGGAGGUUGAGAUUGUUCUAACCGCACAUCCAACACAAAUAAACCGCAGAACACUACAGUACAAGCACAUUAGAAUAGCGCAUCUAUUAGAGUACAAUGAUCGGACUGAUCUUGGGAUUGAAGACCGAGACAUGCUGAUUGAAGACCUGGUUAGAGAGAUCACUUCAAUAUGGCAGACGGAUGAGUUGAGGCGACACAAACCUACUCCAGUUGAUGAAGCCCGGGCUGGCUUAAAUAUUGUGGAGCAGACACUUUGGAAAGCUGUACCACAUUAUCUACGCCGUGUUAGCAAUGCUUUAAAGAAGCAUACGGGAAGAGGGCUUCCAUUGACAUGCACACCAAUAAAGUUUGGAUCUUGGAUGGGGGGCGACCGAGAUGGAAAUCCAAAUGUCACAUCAAAGGUAACAAAAGAUGUUUCUCUUUUGUCAAGAUGGAUGGCAAUUGAUCUAUAUGUACGUGAAAUUGAUAGUUUAAGAUUUGAACUUUCUAUGAAUCGGUGUAGCGAUACAUUGUCAUGUUUGGCUCAUGAAAUCUUAGAAAAAGAAAAUUUACAAGAGGAACACAAAGACAAUUGGAAUCAGCAUACGAGUUGGAGCCAAUCAAAGCAUCAGGCUCCUCAUUUUCCUUCACAGCUCCCAACCGGGGCUGAUCUACCCUCUUGCACUAAAUGCAAUGACGUUGAAUCUCACUAUCCUCGUUUGGAUGUUCCGGGGACUGAGUUCAAGAAUCGUCAGGUCUUGCAGGAUGGUCAAGGAACAGGAGUAAUUAGUCCUUUGGCUCCUCCUGAUUCACCUAGAAGCCAGAGAGCACAUGGAAAUGGAAACGCUGUUGCUGUGAGUCCAUGUGCCAGUUCUGGUCAGAUUCUUGCUCAAAGGAAAUUCUUUUCUGAAUCUCAGAUAGGAAGGAGCAAUUUUCAGAAGCUUCUAGAACCAAGCUCGUCUCAGAGUCCAGGAAUAGCCCCUUACCGCAUAGUACUUGGGGAUGUUAAAGAAAGGCUCAUGAAGACACGGAGGAGACUUGAACUACUUCUAGAGGAUCUUCCUUGUGAUCAUGAUCCUUGUGAUCAUUAUGAAACAUCUGAUCAGCUUCUAGAACCACUGUUACUGUGCUAUGAGUCACUGCAAUCUUGUGGAUCAGGAGUUCUAGCUGAAGGUAGACUUGCAGACUUGAUCAGGCGAGUUGCCACGUUUGGGAUGGUACUAAUGAAGCUGGACCUUCGUCAGGAAUCUUCUAGGCAUUCUGAAACACUUGAUGCAAUCACCACGUACCUAGACAUCGGGUCAUACAGCGAGUGGGAUGAAGACCGCAAGCUUGAAUUUCUGACUAGGGAAUUAAAAGGGAAGAGGCCCUUGGUACCUUUGACUAUAGAGGUUGCUCCUGAUGUUAAAGAAGUGUUGGACACCUUUAGAGUUGCAGCUGAACUAGGGAGUGACUCACUUGGAGCUUAUGUUAUCUCCAUGGCUUCAAACGCUAGUGAUGUGCUAGCCGUAGAGCUCUUACAGAAGGAUGCACGCUUGGCUGUUUCCGGGGAACUUGGCAAACCAUGUCCUGGUGGAACACUACGGGUGGUUCCACUGUUUGAAACUGUGAAGGAUUUAAGAGAAGCUGGUUCAGUGAUCAGGAAGCUACUAUCGAUCGACUGGUACCGAGACCACAUAAAAAAGAAUCAUAAUGGACAUCAAGAGGUGAUGGUUGGUUAUUCUGACUCCGGGAAAGAUGCGGGGCGUUUUACAGCCGCAUGGGAGCUUUAUAAAGCUCAAGAAGAUGUGAUAGCUGCAUGUAAUGAACAUGGUAUUAAGGUCACUUUGUUCCAUGGACGCGGAGGGAGCAUUGGCCGGGGCGGUGGUCCCACUUACCUUGCCAUUCAAUCCCAGCCACCUGGUUCUGUUAUGGGAACAGUCCGGUCAACAGAACAAGGAGAAAUGGUUCAAGCAAAGUUUGGACUACCCCAGGUUGCGGUUAGGCAGCUUGAGAUCUACACAACAGCUGUACUACUUGCCACCUUGCGCCCACCCCAACCACCACGCGAAGAGAAAUGGCGUAACCUGAUGGAAGAAAUCUCCAAAAUUAGCUGUAAUAAUUACCGAAGCACCGUAUAUGAAAACCCAGACUUCCUUGCUUACUUCCACGAAGCCACCCCACAAGCCGAGCUUGGAUAUCUCAACAUUGGAAGCCGACCAACAAGAAGAAAAAACACGGCAGGAAUAGGACAUCUCCGGGCUAUUCCAUGGAUAUUUGCGUGGACUCAAACAAGGUUUGUCCUCCCCUCUUGGCUCGGGGUUGGAGCAGGCCUUAAGGGCGUUUGCGAAAAAGGGUACACUGAAGAUUUACGUGCAAUGUACAAAGAUUGGCCAUUUUUUCAGUCAACCGUUGAUCUCAUAGAGAUGGUUCUCGGGAAAGCGGAUAUUCCCAUUGCGAAGCACUAUGAUGAAGUGUUGGUAUCUCCAAGCAGACAAAAACUAGGCGCUGACUUGAGGGGAGAGCUUUUGACGACAGAGAAGUAUGUGCUUUUGGUGACAGGGCACGAGAAGCUCUCUGAGAAUAACCGGAGCCUUAGGAGGUUGAUUGAGAGUAGGCUACCUUAUCUGAAUCCGAUGAAUAUUUUACAGGUGGAGAUAUUGAAGAGGUUAAGGCAGGAUACAGAUAACAAUAAGCUUAGAGAUGCUUUGCUCAUCACCAUCAAUGGGAUUGCUGCCGGUAUGAGGAAUACCGGUUAAAUGUUAAUUCCACAUUUCCACGUAUAUCAUACUACGUAUAUUAUUAUUAGAUCACACUAUUUGCAAGUGAAGUUGCAACUGUACCCUUUUCACUUUGAUUGAAUUUAUCAUGCUACUUAGUUUGUGAGGUUUGUGGUAAUUUCUUUAAUUUGGUUGUGUUUUCUUUUCCAAUAUGUUUUGCAUCAAUGGUAUAAGAAAAAAUGUACUUUCUCAAAGUGUACGGUCCAAGUUUGUUAGUAAGGCUGGACGUUUUUUAUAUCUAAAAAUCUGUUUGGUGAAAUAACAGAGUUUUUGUAUUAUGAAUGCUAAAGUUAUGAAAUAA